GGCAGCAGGAGCAGCUGUUAUCUGUCAACAAGUGCCAUCCGCGCAGUUUUCUCCCACACCAUGAUUAUUUCCAUCAACUUUUAAUGAACCGAUCAUCUUAGGGAAAGUGUUUUUUUUGUCCCGCGCAUCAGUCCUGCUCUGCCCCUCGUUGUCAUUACGCACAGUCUGGAGAUGGCGAAGAGCUCAACCAGAAGGUCUCUGAAAACGUUGUUCUCCAGGAGCGAGGUCAGCCUGGACGAAUCGGUGGAGAAGGACGCGAAUGAGAGAGAGAAGACGAAGUUUAAAUUCUUGAAGUUCAAGAAAAAGACCCCCGUGAAGGCGGCGAAUGAGAUCCCGCAUUUGCUCAGUGGUGCUGAGCCCAGCAACACUGUCAAGGAUGGCGAGGCCUGGGUUGACAAUAUCACAGCGGACAACAAGAGUUCUAUCUACGGCACCACAUCCAGGUCAAAGGGCAAAGAAUUCAGCUACUCAGAGUUGGACCUCCGUAAGCCAAAGAGGUUUGCCACCUUCUCCUUUGGUUUAAAAAAGAGGAAGAAGAAUGAUCAAGUGAAUAUCUCCAAGAGCACCUUUGGCCUUCCUAGCGCCGGCAUUGAAGAGGAACAGGAGAACCACAGUCGGAUGGAUUUGGAUCAGGCCAACACAAAGACGUUUUUCAGCAUGUCUCAACCAGAGCUUGACACCAUUGAUGCAUUUGACAUCCCUUCUUCUCCCCCUGGGGCCACAAACCAAUCGCAGUCAUUCGUCGCCUCAAACACCCAACCAGAGACGAUGGAGCGUCUGACAAACGGCUCCAAUCUGUUUGACGUAAAUGCGGAGCCGCAGAAAGCACCGAUUGCCACCGUCCCUGAGCUGCAUCUGGAUUAUCCAGAUUCAUCAGAGGAGAAACUGGAUGAUAACUCCAAUCCAUCUGCCUCCACGACUCGUACAGAAGCCAGCCCUGCUGUCGACAACCAGACUAUACUUAGCCUUCCAGCUAGCGGGCCUCCAACCGCGCUUGACACCUCGGAUCACAAAGAAGCAGUUGUUAACUCCGUCGCCACAAGCAACGGUCCGUUCGAUAAUGACAUCCUCCAGCAGUCUCACACAGACACAGAAAUCUCUCUUACUGGAUCCACCAGAGUCACAUUAUCACAUCAUCAACCUGACACCCCUGACCUAGUUGACAGUACAAGUCAAAAUGGUAAACUCUCCCUGGCAAGUGCUGACUCCAAAAUUGACGGCGCAGUUACACAGUCGACCCCUGUUCCUCGCGCCGACGACUCUGCACCUGUCCAUCAAGGAAUCUCAAUUUCUCACACUGAGGGAUCUGCUCCCGUAACCGCCGGGAGUGUCACCCAAACCUCGGCUGUUAGCGGUGAGAAAAGUGCUCCACCUGUCAGGCAAGAUGCAGUUUACGGAGCGUUGUAUGAGUCCCUUUUCCCCCAGAGUUUCUGCUCGGAGGUAAUGUCAUCCCUCUCGAACCCGCCGCCUCAUAUCAUUACCGAGAUAAUACAUCAAUCCAGAAAAUCAGAACCUGUCAUAGUUAAAACCCUUAAUGAAUGUCACACAGAAACUUAUGUUCAGUUUGACUCUGCUGCUCGCAGAGUGGAUGAUGCCGUUGGUGGUCAUACUAGCGAGAGCUCCAGAUUGAGCUCUUACCAAACAUCUACUGCUUCGGAGCCUCGAAGACACCCAGAUAUUUACAUCAGAUAUGUACCUUCCUCUAUCAAUUCAGGUUCCAAACCAGGUGAUGGUGAUAAAAUUCCUUACUCAGAGCUGACCCGCUCCCUUUCGGAGGUGAAAUCGGACAGUUUUAGCCUCAUUCAAGACAAUGUCAGGUCAGUCCCCAUGGUUCAAAGCUCGGCCCCUCCCGUCUCUGACUAUGUAACAUCCCAAGGGGGAGACACUCGGGUUACUCACUCCAAACGGAGAGCGUUCCUAGUCAAAGGGUUAGUCACAGACGAGGCGAGCACCGAUCCUGUCUGUCCCUCUCCCGUGGCUGAAAACAUGAGUUCAGCGAAGAGUCUUGAGGUGAGAAUCGAAACAAGAGAGACUGUUUUCACUCCUUCCAGACAGGCUGAUGUGUCUGAUGGGCCUUUAAAUCCAGCAUAUCUGAGCGUUGGAUCGGAUGACGGCAGUACGGUGGAGAUCUACUACAGUGCUGAAGAGGAUAGCGGAGAGGGGAGCGGGAGCGAAGAGAUGUACACAGUGGACGAAAGAGUAGAAAGUUGCGUGGUAGACGUGGUGAAAGAGGCCGGGUUGUGUGAGGAGUUUCCACAGCAGGGGGAGAUUGCAGAAAGAGGCAUAAGAAAUCGAGAAGCGGGAGAAUUUCGGGUGGUGAUUGUUAAAAUGCAGAAUGAGGGAGGCAUAACGGCCAACGACGAAGAGAAAGAGGAUGUCAAUAGCCGAUUUGAAGUGGAGGAAAAAUUUGGAGGUCAGAGGUCAGAAACUCCAGAGCAGAAGAUUGAAACGUCUGAGUUUCUUGUUGGCAGUGAUACAGAGAGUCGGGAGAAAGAAAUAGAAACCAUGGUGUUGCCACAGGUGAGAGAUGAGGGGGAGGAGGAGUUACCUGCCACACCGGUUCAGCAGGCGAACGCGCCGAUGGUAUGCGACUUUGUUACACCCUCCAGUGAGCCGCAUGGGCAGGGGGAGGGGUCGGAGGGAAACUUGACCGAGGGGUUGGAAACAGAAGACCACCCUAAUGGAGAGACGCAACUCCCAAGCCGGGAGAUAAUCUACCUGGCUCACAAAGACAUUAUGAGUUCUGAAUACAUACACACUGCUUUCAGCAGCACAAGAGAGGGAGACAAGUUCACACCCAGAUCUAAUGAGUCAGAAGAGCAGGUUUCACUGACAGCAGAGGCAGCCCAAAUAGUUGAAGUGAGCAAACACGGCAUAAAAACCAUCCGUAACGCCACGGGUAGGGCAGUCACAGAGGCUGUCACGGGCAUUCUGACACACAGCGCUGAGCUGCAAUUAGAUGCCACAGAGGUUGAACACAAUAGGGCACCACAGAGUAGUGAGUGGGUGGAUACAAUUACUCAGAGCACAGACAGAACCGCAACGCCGCAAGAACAGGUGACAGCCAAUGCAGACACACGCCGUGUUGAUGCGGAGGCUGCAGAGACACAAUCGGAGAGACAUCCAUCAGAAGUGCAACCCAAUCCGAAUCAGGGGACCCUGACAGUGUCAAGGACGCCCACAGUAGCUUCAGAAGUCUUUGCUUCUGUAAAUCAGCCACCUAUAGCCGAGAAGGAAUUGGCUGAUGAAAUGAAUUCAGGCUACAGCAGCCUAAGCACCAAACUGUCCACAAAUAAGUCCUCUCCCCCUAAGGAGGAUGAAUCCAAAUAUCGUUUCCGUAAAGUGUCUCUGGUCAGCGAGGCCAAUGCCACUGAGGGAAGCCAGGAUGCAGUGGACUUUAGCCAAGAUAGCUCCACUGUCACUGAAUCAGAUAGAACAGAUAUCGACUCAGAUUACAGGUGGAGGAAUAGAUUUGAUGGGGUUUCUCAGUAUAGAUCAUACAAAGCAGAGAGUUCCUCCAUUUCUGAUUCUCUGAGUUACCGAAUGUCUGACUCCUACUCCAGUACCUCCUCCUCCUCCUCCUCCUCUGCUCUCUCCGAUUAUACAGCCUACAAACACCUCAGCAACUCCUCCUCCUAUCCAGAGGAACACGUUACCAUUGGCGACAGGCUGAGUGACAUGACCAAAGUUUCUCUGAGCUUUGACAGCGAGCCAGCGGGAGCACCAAAAGAUGAGUGGAGGAGGAGUUUGGUGGAGCGGGAGGAGCCUGCUGCACCUGCAAGUGAAAGAGCAGUACAGAGAGUGAGAGAGACAGAGGGAGAGGCAGAGAGGUUUCAGUCACGCUGGGACUCUCAUCAGCUCCCUGUGUCCGGCAUAUCCUCGGCUCACGGCCACGACGCCAUCGACGGUUGUGAAGACGACGACUGUUUUACUGGAGUGUUCAAGGCCACACUCGUGGAGUUGGACUCCGAGCCUGCAGCUCCCCCCUCUUCUCCCCCAGCCUCCCCCGACGACGACUCCCCCAACCAGUUCGAUAUGGACAGCCUGGUGGACACGCUGAGGAGCAUGGGACCCUCCCUAAGGCUCAGGAACGGGAGCCUGCGCGGGGCCCCUCCAGUCCUGCUCUCCUCCCUGCCACCAAUUGUUGAGGAUGCUCCCAGCCCCGUCACCCCUGGCAUCCCUGCCUCCCUCAUCAGUCCCACCAAAAAGAUGGAAGCAAUGGGCAACCCUCCCGAGUCCCUCAAAGGAAUUUACACUCUGCCUAGUGACCUUGGACUAAAGAGGUGCUCCGCCAGAGACACUCGUUCACCACUGGAAUUGAUGAAGCAGAGCCAGCAGGACCAGCAGCAGCCCGGAACAAGAGGCCUGAACUUGCCCCUGAGAUCAUCUGGUAUCAACAGUAUAAUAAUGAGAAAUUCCUCUGACUCGUCUCCUGGGGAAUUAAAAUCCCUAGUGCAGAAUGGAAACGGACUUCUUUCGCCUUCCACCCCUACCUCCCGCCUGGACAACAGCGUCAUCUUUGGAAGCCACAGGUCACCAUCCAUAGAUCAGACUUUUGAAAACGGAAAGGCCCAUCGCCCGCUCUUCCGCACCAGCUCGCUACCUGAUAAGGGGCCUUCUAACGAUCGCAUGAGUUCGGGAAAGAAGGAGCUUGGUGAAUCGGGAACUAGAACAGAACCAGCCGGGUCCCGCUUUGAGCGCUUCUCCUUCCUUUUGAACUCCUCUCCCUCCCCGUCGAGCUCCUUGACCGGAGCUGAAAGCCCCAGCGCUCAUAUGAGUCUGCCUCUGCUGCGGGGCAUCGGCUCGCCGCCCUCCAGCAACAGUCCAGCCCGCCUCCUCAGCCCCGCCGGCUCCAUAGACCUCCAGAGGCCGUUCACUACCACAGACUCCCCCUUAAGUAUGUUUGGUCAGACGCAGGGGAUGGGGAUGGGGAUGGGUGCAGGUACUGGGGCAGCGGCCUCUCCCAUCCUGCAGAGGAGCUUCAGUAGUGAGGGCACCAUGGGAGUCCAGCAGACUUCAUUGUUCAACAGUAGGCAUGGAGAAUCUCAGUUCCAGAGCCAGGUCCAGAGCCAAGAACUUGAGUCUGUGAAGAAUUUAGCAUCGAAAUACAAGGCCUUCCCUGAUGCUUAUCUCACUAAAGAGAAGGAGCAUGGGAAACUCAAUCCUCGUCCUGGAAAGAUAUAUAUCUUUGACCAGCCAGGGAUGUGCGGCCAGAGGCUCGAGGUGCGCGGCGAUGUCAUCGAUGCCACGCCCUGGGAGCUGCAGGAGACCAUCUCCAUCAGGGUCGUCAGAGGAGGAUGGGUGCUGUAUGAGAAGCCUAACUUCAAAGGCGAGAAGAUCGCCCUGGACGAGGGAGACAUAGAGCUCACCUACCCGUUCAGUCCAGAGAAGCAGCUGCAGAAUGGAGAGGAAGAGGCCGAAGAGCAGAACGCAGAGCAGAAUGCAGAGCAGAAUGCAGAGCAGAAUGCAGAGCAGAACGGAGAGCAGAAUGCAGAGCAGAACGGAGAAACAAGUGAUGUGCCGACCAAGCCAGCCAGGAGGUUCAUCAUCGGAUCUCUCAGAAGAGCUGUCAGGGACUACAGCGUCCCAGAAAUCGCACUUUUCCCCGAGGAGAACGCAGAAGGGAAGAAGGUCAUCUUCAGAGAUACGUCUGAAGAUGCCAGGAUUUUUGGCUUCCCCAUCAAGGCCAACUCUAUCAUCAUCAAUGCUGGGCUAUGGCUGGUGUACGCACAUCCCUUCUUCCAGGGCCUACCACGUGUCCUUGAGGUGGGGGGGUUCUCCAACCCUGCGGCCUGGGGAGUGGAACAGCCCUAUGUGGGAUCCCUACAUCCACUCAAAGUAGGUGAACCAAGAGUGGAAAAUAUGAGUGAACCAAAGAUGGUGAUCUACGACAAGCCGUACUUCACUGGGAAAUCGAGGACCAUAACCACCAACACGAGGGACUUCAUGACCAGAGCAGACCAGCAGCAGAAGGCCUUUAUGUACAACAUCGGCUCCCUUAAAGUACAGGGAGGAAUGUGGGUGGGCUACGAGAAGGAGGGCUUCCGGGGCCACCAGUACCUGCUGGAGGAGGGAGAGUACCAUGACUGGAGGGUGUGGGGAGGCCACGAUGCCGAGCUGCGCUCUGUCAGGGUGAUACGAGCAGAGCUGACGGACCCCUUGAUGGUGAUGUUUGAACAGCCAGAGGAAGAGGCGGAGGGCGAGCAGGAGGAGAACACCUUCGAGGUGACGGAGGCCAUUCCCGAUGUGGAGCUGUUUGAGUACAAAACCUCCACGCGAUCCAUCAGCGUACUCAGCGGGGCAUGGAUAGCCUACUCCCAUGUGGACUACUCUGGUAACCAGUACAUCUUAGAGAAAGGCUUCUAUAACAAGUGUGCCGACUGGGGCUCUCAGGACUCUCGCAUCUGCUCAGUGCAGCCCAUCAUACUGGCCCCAAGUGACGGCUCAAGCACCAGGAUUGAGAUAAUACUGUACUCUGAGCCAGACUUCCAGGGCGAGUGUCACAACUUUAAACUCAACCAGGAAGCAUUGUCCGAAAAAUUCCUGACCAAGUCCUGCCGAGUGUCGGGGGGAAGCUGGGUGCUCUACGCGGAUAAACAGUACUCUGGAAACAUGUACGUCUUAUCUGAAGGAGACUACCCCAACUUAACCAGCAUGGGAUGUCCGACCGGCUCCACCAUCCGCUCUGUCAAGGUCGUGCCAAUGACGCUCUCGGUUCCUUCCAUCUCUCUGUUUAGCCUUGAGUGUCUGGAGGGCAGAGAGAUCACCAUCGACACAGAGAUCUCCAACAUGGUCGAAGAGGGCUUCAACAACCACAUCCUGUCCGUCAAAGUCAACAGCGGCUGUUGGGUGAUAUAUGAACACAGCGACUACAGGGGGCGCCAAUUCUUACUGGAACCAAUUGAAAUCGCCAACUGGCCAAAGUUCAGCUCUAUACAGAGCAUUGGCUCAAUGUUCCCAGUUCGACAGAAGCGCCGCCUUCUACGCAUCAAGAACAAAGACACAGGUCACUUCCUGUCUGUCCAGGGCGGCGUGGAGGAGAUGAAAUCAGGACGAGUGGUGGUGACACCAGAGGUGGAGCCCAUGAGUGACAUCUGGUUCUAUCAGGAUGGCUUCAUCAAGAGCAAGUUGUCUCCAACCAUGAGCCUUCAGGUGAUGGGCAACAUAGAGCCGGCAGCCAAAGUGGUUUUGUGGACAGAGACCCGGCAGCCUAUCCAGACUUGGACAGCCCAGAUGAGAGGCCGCAUCAGAAGCCUCACGUUCCCUGGCUGCGUGCUGGAUGUUAAAGGUGGCAAAACCUACGACAAGGACCACGUGGUGAUUAUGCCAGAGGAUGACGAGAGGCCAAGCCAACAGUGGGAGAUAGAGCUGCUGUAACCGGCUAUAGAAACCGCAUGUUUCUCUUCACUAAGCUUUGCUCAGCAGUGCUUCGACAACUCCACAGUUUCUCCUAAUAUAUUCUCGGAGCCAUUUCUUCUUUUUUUUAUUUUUUAUUACGUGAUCCAUGUAACUAGUGCGAACACUCUGACAGUAAGAAUGCAGCUGCCGCCCUGAAGAGCUGCCCCAGACAGUUGAGUGCUUUGUAGAGUUUUGUGUUGUGUUCUCAUGAAAUUGUUGCAUUUUCUCCCAAUCAUAAGGAUUUGUUUCUGUACGCAAAGACCAAAAACACAGAACACUGUCAGUGCCUUGACCUGCUGCAGCGACUGGGUUUAGUUGGAAAGAAAGAAUGGAUGUAUUUUGGAGGAUCUUCUGAACUAUAUAAACCCUGACACAAGAACCAUUCAUUGAUGAUUUAGUACUGUACUUUAACUUUGACCUGUAUCGGACGUUAGCACUUGUCAACAAUUUGAGUAUUCAAAGGAGAAUCUCCCUGCUGGUAUGAUUCCCUGCCUUCUACAGCAGCUAUUGUCGAUACUUUUAUAUUCUUGGAGCAAACCAAGCUCUGGUUUACCUGGAGCGAACAGCAUGUGGCUUACCAGUGCUUUCUGCAGAUAGUGGACAAAUGAAGCCAAUCGAAUGCAUAGUGUGCAUUAAAUGAACGCUGUGCUCUUUUUUUUUUUUAAAGGUAUUUUUUUAUAUGUACUGUGUGUAUCAAUGUUUGUUUUGUGGGAAAUGUUGCUUGUAUGUACGUAUGCCGUAUAUCCCAUUGAAUCGUGCUGUGCAGUCGUGCAUGCAGCCAUCCUGUUUCUUGUUUGUUAUAAAGUCUGCAUCAGCGUAUGUUAAUAUUUGAUACUAAAGAGGUGACGUCAGAUGUUGUGUAAGAGGGAGUGGUUUUGAAAUAUUGAA